GUCGCCCGCCGCGCCGGCCCUCCAGCCCCCGCGGGUCGGCUCCGGCCCCAGUGCGCACCGACGGACGUGCCCGGUGGGAGCUUCCCGCCCGCGCUUGCCGCGCAGCAGUGACCGGGAGUGCAGCUCUGGGAUGUGCACGUGAGGAUGGACAGCAAGGACCUUGAGGCCGAAAUCCACCCCUUGAAGAAUGAAGACAAGAAACUGCGGGUGAACGUGGGAGACCCGGUGAAGGCGGAGGAGAGCUCGAAGGGCUCGCCUGGGCAGCCCCGCCUGUCCCGCUGCCGCACGGUGGCCUUCUUCCUUUCCCUGUUUGUCUGCCUUUUUGUCGUGUUCGUGGUCUCCUUCAUCAUCCCGUGUCCGGACCGGCCGGCGUCCCAGGGGGUGUGGAGGGUCGACUACAACGCAGCAGUCACUUACGACUUUCUGGCUACAGAAGACAUCAACAGGGACAGGAUCCAGGAUGUUCUCUUUCUUUACAAAAACACCAACGGUUCCAACAAUUUCAACUUGUCCUGCACCGACGAAGGCUUUUACUCCCCCUGUACCUUUGUGGCCGCCGUGUCCGGGGCCAACGGCAGCGUGCUGUGGGAGAGGCCCGCGGCCCAGGAUGGAGCCCUUGUGCAGUGCUCCGUCCCCCAGCUGCAGGGCGGCCGGAUGUCCUCUGCUUGCAUCCUAGUGGGCAGACCCGGCUCCUUCGUUGCCGUGGACUUGUUCACAGGGGAGACCCUGUGGAGCCACCCCAGCAGCUUUGGAAGGAACACGUCCGUCCUGAGCUCUUUACUCCAGCUGCCCGACGUGGACGCGGACGGGGCCCCGGACCUGCUGGUUCUCACCCAGGAGGAGAAGGAGGUUGGCGGCUACAUCUACUCAGGCAGCACCGGACGCCAGAUUGGCCACCGCGGCAGCCUCGGUGUGGGCGGGACCACAGGCUCUCUUGUCCAUGUCACCCGGGCCGGUGCCCCCUACAUCCUUUUCCCUUGCGCGGCAAGCUCCCUCUGCGGCUGCUCUGUGAAGGGUCUCCAUGAGACGGCCACCGGGAGCCGGAGCCCACUGAAGAGAGACCCGCGCUGGGAGGGCGCGCUGAACGCCAGCAUCCCCGGGCCGGUGUGGCGCAGCCCCGGAGCCCUCCGCUAUCUGAUGAAUGUUCCAGGGAAGGCCGGUGAGGACCUCCUCCUGGUGGGCGCCGAGGCCUGUGUGCUGGUCGACGGGCAGGAUCUGACGCCCAGGUGGACCUUCCACGCAGCCCAGGUCUUCAGAAAACCCAUCCUUGGCCACUACAAACCUGACACCUUGGCUGUGGUCGUUGAGAACGGAACCAGUGUGCACAGACAGAUCCUGUUCCUGGACCUCAGCACCGGGGCUGUCCUGUGGAACCAGGCCCUUCCAAGCCUCCCCGGGGAUCCGCAGUCCGCCAGCCUGCUGACCGCAGACCACCGCUCCGCUUUCUUCUUCUGGGGCCUCCACGAACUGGCAGGCACCAACCAGACAGAGCCCGGAGACACCCGGCACAGCCUCUACAUGUUCCACCCGACCCUGCCUGGCGUCCUGCUGGAGCUGGCCAACGUCUCUGCCCACAUCGUGGCCUUCCAAGCCGUCCUGUUCGAGCCAAGCCGCCAUGCUGCUUGUGUCCUGCUGACGGGCCCCACGAGCCCAGACACGCCUGGCACGGUCUCCGUGGCCAAGCACAAGGUGCGGGACCUGGUCCCGAGUAGCAGGGUGGUUCGGCUGGCUGAGGGUGGGCCCGACAGUGACCAGGCUGUCCGGGACCGGUUCUCCCGCCUGCGGUACCGGAGUGAGGCCUAGAGGCCUGCGGGCCACACACGUGGAGGGGCUGCCAGCAUGGGACGUCGGGUCUAUCACUUGGUUGCACUGAUUCCCCUACUCCUGACCCCGGGGUUCCCGUCCUACCCAGGGACGUGUAUGGGUGAGCGGAUGCCCAGGCCUCUCCCCUCUCCUGCGCAGCACAUCCCCACAGGUCCUC